AGAAUUUUCUAACUUGCUUGCUCGUUCUGUCUUAUCCAAAAUGUUGCCACUUGUGUACAUACUCAUAGCUCUUCCUGCAGUAGUGUUGCUAUUGAUCCUCUUCAAAGCCAACAAAAACAACCCGCCACGUCCACCAGGUCCAAGAGGCCUUCCCAUAAUCGGCAACCUUCACCAACUCGACGCUUCGAAGCUCAAUCUCCAACUAGGGCAGCUCUCAAAGACCUACGGUCCCCUUUUCUCCCUCCGAAUCGGCUUCAAGCCAGCCCUCGUCGUUUCCUCUCCAAAACUCGCCAAAGAAGUCCUCAAAGACCACGAUCUGGACGUGUGCACAAGACCUCCCUCUCUCGGCCCUCUAAAAUUAACCUACAAUGCCCUUGAGCUUAUCUUCUCUCCCUACAACGACCACUGGAGAGAAAUCAGAAAAAUCUGCGUUGUCCAUUUCUUCAGCUCCAAGAGAAUCUCCGCUUUCUCCCAUGUCAGAAAAUCCGAGGCCAAGCGAAUGCUGCAGAUCGUAUCAUCCCACGUUGAUUCUUCCAAAACAACCAACUUGACCGAGGUUUUGAUGGCGGUAUCAAGCGCUAUAAUAUGCAGGCUUGCCUUUGGGAGGAAGUAUGAUGACGACGGCGCCGAAAAAAGCAGGUUCCAUGGGCUGCUUAAUGACUCGCAAGCUAUGUUGCUCUCUUUUUUUGUUUCGGAUUACAUUCCGUUCUUGGGGUGGAUUGAUAAACUCACCGGGAUGGUUACUCGUCUCGAAAAGACUUUCGAGGCGUUGGAUAGGUUCUUGCAGGAAGUGCUUGACGAGCACCUUGAUCCUAAUAGGGUGAAAGUGAAACAGAACGAAGAGAAGGAUCUUGUUGAUCUGUUGCUUGAGCUGAAGAAGCAGGGUCGCUUGUCAAUCGACCUCACCGAUGAUCAAAUCAAAGCUAUCAUCUUGGACAUACUCAUAGCUGGAACUGAUACAACUGCCGCUACGUCCGUGUGGGUGAUGACCGGAUUGAUAAAGAACCCAAGAGCAAUGGGCAAAGCCCAAGAAGAAAUUAGAAACCUGUCUGGCAACAAAGAGUUAAUAGAGGAAGAGGAUGUUCAAAAGCUUGUGUAUCUGAAGGCAGUGAUAAAAGAGACACUAAGGGUUUAUGCACCAACGCCACUGGUUCCAAGAGAAGCCAUUAGAAGUUUCACAAUAGAAGGGUACGAAAUACAACCCAAGACAAUAGUGUAUGUGAAUGGUUGGUCAAUUCAGAGGGACCCUGAGGCUUGGAAAGACCCAGAAGAGUUUUACCCAGAGAGGUUUUUGAACAAUGAGAUAGAUUUUAAGGGGCAAGAUUUUGAGUUCAUUCCGUUCGGUGCAGGGCGCAGAAUUUGCCCAGGAAUAUCACUGGGAAUUGCCACAGUGGAACUCAUAACUGCAAACCUUCUUAAUUCAUUCCAUUGGGAAAUGCCUCAAGGGAUGAAACCUGAACACAUAGACACUGAGGGGCUGCCAGGACUUGCUCGCCACAAGAAGAAUCAUCUUUGCCUUGUUGCCAAAAAACGUAUGUGAAUGAAAUAACUAACAAAGGGCCUCUAAUGUAAUAAAGCCAUUUUAGCUUGGGCUUUGAUUUUGAGUAUGCAAAAUGGAUCACCAUGUUGCAGUUAUAUGCCUUUCAAAAAUAAAAUAAUUUAAAAUUACAAAUGUUUUUUUUGGUUCAA